ACGUAUAUGUCCCCAUAUAAAUAUAUACUCUCUCCUAUCUUUUCUUUUAUACAGACAUCAAAGAGAAUAUCAUUGGAAGAAAAAAGGAUUGUCAAGAUCUGGGAUUUCUUUGAUCCAUCUUUAGCAAAUUUUAAAGAAUAGAAAAUGGAGAAAGCAUGCAUGGAUCACCCAUACCAUAAUCAAAAGCAAGGUGUUUGUCCUUGUUGUUUAAGAGAGAGAUUAUCAAAGUUAUAUGCUGUUGCAGCAACAGCUCCUAUGGCUGCUGCUGCUGAACUUUCUUAUUCUUCUUCUGUCAUGUCUUGUUCCUCUGUUUCUUCUUUUAAUCAUAUCUCCCCACUUCGUCAUCGUCAUCAAAGGACAGCCUCUGAUAUUAUGGGUUCCAUGUCUUUUAAGGUAAGUAGCGCUCUGGGUAGUAAUUAUGGAUUAAAGAAGAGUAGAUCGAUUGCUUUUGUUACGAGAAGUCUUGUUGGAGAUGUGACGCAUGGCAAGAACAAGAAGAAAGGGUUUUGGUCAAAGUUGCUUCAUUUGAAGGGUAAAAAAGAGGUUAAUUUGGAUGGGAAGAUUGCAUUAAAAGGGUUUUCUUGAAGGAGAUUAACAAAGGGUUAUUGUUAGGAAUUUUAAAGUUGUGUAUAGAUUUUAUUUACAUGCUGAUAAUUGACACUUGAACAGUGAAUUUUCCUCUACCUUAUUUUUGUGUUAUGAUGAACAUGUUGUAUUUCUUUUUUUUUUUUCUUUUUUUUUUUAAGUGGAGUUUUGUGGGUAAUGGGAAUUAUGUCUUCCUUUCUCCUCCACUUUUCUUUCUUUUUUUUUUUUUGUUUUUCCCUUGGUCAGGAAGUUAAAUGAGCAAGAAAAAUAGGUGAUUUUUUUUAUAA